AACAGUAGUAACAGGCAACAGCAUCACUGCCAUAGUGAGAGACAGACACAGUGAGGCACAGGGAGAAAUGCUAAGAGAUGUAAGAUGGCAGAGCUACAAAUGCUACUAGAGGAAGAAAUCCCUGUCGGUAAGAGAGCGCUGGUGGAAAGCUAUCAGAACCUGGCUAAGGUCGCGGAGUACUGUGAAAACAAUUAUGUUCAGGCUCAAGACAAAAAGAAAGCCCUGGAGGAGACCAAGGCCUACACCACCCAGUCCCUGGCCAGCGUGGCCUACCAAAUCAACGCCUUAGCCAACAACGUGCUACAGCUGCUGGACAUUCAGGCCUCACAACUGCGACGUAUGGAGUCGUCCAUCAAUCACAUCUCCCAGACAGUGGACAUCCACAAAGAAAAGGUAGCUCGUCGCGAGAUCGGCAUCCUGACCACGAAUAAAAAUACCUCUCGCACUCACAAGAUUAUAGCUCCGGGGAACAUGGAGCGACCUGUGCGCUAUAUAAGGAAGCCGAUCGACUAUACGCUCCUGGAUGAUGUGGGACAUGGUGUCAAACAACACGGGAACAAUGCUGCAGGGCGAGGCGGAACUCUCGCCAGGACCAACCCGCCGACACAGAAACCCCCGAGCCCUCCCAUGGCUGGACGCGGAACUCUAGGGCGUAACACGCCGUACAAGACACUGGAACCGGUGAAGCCUCCCGUGGUGCCGAACGACUACAUGACGAGCCCGGCUCGACUUGGCAACCAGCACAGCCCUGCGCGCACCGCCUCACUCAACCAGAGGCCCAGAACGCACAGCGGCAGCAGCGGAGGUAGCGGGGGCAGAGAGAACAGCGGAAGCAGCGGCAUUUCUCUCCCUCUGGCUGUUCCGACCCCGUCCCCUCCCAGUUUAGGGCAAGUGGCGACAUCCUCGGCCUUAGUGCCCCAGGGGCCUGGCUUGGGUCCGAUUCCCAUGUCCCAAUUUGGCACAAUCUCUCGCCAAAUUUCCCGGCACAAUUCCUCCUCCUCCUCCUCGGCCUCCAUGGUUUCGGCCACCGGCACAUACCGCCGCGCUCCGUCCGUUUCCUCCCAGCAGCCUCAUGUCAACGGGGGCCCCGCUUACACACAGAGCUUGAUGUCCGUGGCUCCUCCGCCUCCACCUCCCAUGGUGCAGCUGACCCCACAGAUCCCUUUGACCGGCUUUGUAGCCAGAAUGCAGGAAAGUAUAACGGACAGCCCUGCUCCACCUCCUCCGCCCCCGCCGGAAGACAUCGGUGUGUUUAAGGAACCGUCUCCUCCUCCUCCUCCUCCCCCGCCUGUGGAUUACGAGGAAGAGGAGGCAGCGGUGGUCCACUACAGCGACCCCUACGCCGACGGCGACCCGCAGUGGGCCCCUAAGUCGUACUUAGAAAAAGUUGUGGCCAUCUACGACUACAGCAAGGACAAGGAGGACGAGCUGUCUUUCAUGGAGGGGGCCAUCAUCUACAUAAUCAAGAAAAACGACGACGGGUGGUUCGAAGGGGUCUGCAACGGCGUCACUGGACUCUUUCCAGGAAACUAUGUGGAGUCCAUCAUGCACUACGCCGAUUAAAAACAAAAAAACAAAAAAAACAAAACUCAACCAACCCAAAAGGUCGAGUUUUAAAUGAAGUGCCAUUGUGAUGUUUUUGAAAUAAGUGGGGUUUUUUUUUUUUU